CCAAACGGGAGCUCUUUAAGAUUUUGAUAUGGACAGAUCUUUGGGAUGACCAACUGAAUAAGAAACUACCGAAGGGAACAGGCGCAUUGUGUAAAACUAGGCCGAAUUGUAUCUUUUCUAAAUACCGUGAGAACAUUCACGAAUCCGAUGCUGUCCUCUUCGAAGUCAGUAACUUGCAGAAGGAUUACAACUCCUCUGUGAUGCCUACAGUUCGCUAUCCUCACCAGCACUGGGUGUGGUUUCAUACGGAGUGCCCGGGCUUCCCGUCUAUAAACUUUGAAACGUACAGGAGUGUUUUUAACUGGACCAUCACGUACAGGGCUGACUCGGACUCGUCCGGUGCAUGGGGAUCGUUAUAUCGGACCUACCAAAGACUCAAGGUUGAAGGAGUCGACCCGUACCCCAACAAGGAUUACACAGUAGGGAAGAAGAAGCUAGCGGUUUGGUUCAUAAGCAAAUGCAACACCCAAGCCAACCGUGUUGCGUAUGCAACAGAACUAGUCAAGCACAUGCACGUGGAUGUCUUCGGAAGAUGCGGGAAGACUGUCUGCGCGAAGUGGAACGUUACCUGCAUGCCUGGUAUCAUCAGGCAGUACAAGUUCUACCUCGCCUUCGAGAACAUGAAGUGUAAGGAGUACCUCACCGAGAAGUUCUGGAGGAAUGCCCUGGCAAACGACGUCAUUCCGGUCGUUCUAGGAGCCAACAGAUCCGACUACGAGAGGCUGGCACCACCGCACUCCUACAUCCACGUGGACGACUUCAAGUCACCCAAGGAACUAGCUGACUUCUUAAAGAAGCUGGGUGAAGACAAGGAUCAGUAUAACGCCUACUUUAAGUGGAAGACUACUCCACCUAAGAACAUGCCUUUAGAAGAAGGUGGGUGGUGUAAUCUGUGUAGGGAACUUAUUGAGAGGUGCCCAACAAAAAGGAAACUUUAUACCGACUUGAGAAGGUGGUUUGAAGGCGAACAUCUUUCAAUGUGUGACCCUCUAGAAAAUGUGAAAUUUCAGAAACUUCGGUUCGUUGACGACCACUUUCAAGCAGCUACUUA